ACAUCAGAGCUGACACUGACACAUCCAUUAAUCUGUUAUCUUUGCUCCUCAUAAUGGUAUUUAUUGUGAGUGUGUGUGCGAGUGCAUAGCAAGAAUUUCACACCAUUCGGACUCCUGAAACCUUCGGAAUAUACUUGUGACUAAGAAAACUACAACAUUGUUACUACAAAUCGCCACGUAAUGGCAAGCUCGAGUGAGGAACUAACCGAAGGUCAGCGUUUAGACGCCGGUAUAAUGGAAAUUGACCCGAACAACGACGAGCAGGUCUCAGCCAAGUUCCAAGAGUUUAAAAAGCACUUUGACAGGAACUAUGCGGACUCUGCAGAGGAGGAGAAGAGGCUGAAGAUUUUCAAAGACAACCUCAUCAAGAUCCAAAAACUGAAUUCAAAUCCCGAGGACACUGCCACCUACGGCCUCAACGACUUUGCUGAUAAAUCCCCGGAAGAAAUGCGAAUGCGGUGUGGAUUGAGAAGACCAAACCAAUGACCAGGUGCUGAACACCGAAUUCGAAAAUCAUUUUAUCGUUUUAAAACUAACAAUUGUAUUGUAAUCAGUCAUUGAACUUUUCAAACUAUUAAAACGUUCUUACAGUAUCAUCGGGAACUCAGAUCUUUGUUUUAACACUCUAAGAUUCAAUUUUUUCUGAGGAAAAGGAGGAACGAAUACCCCUUGUGAUUUUGAAAAAUAAGGGUAGCUCCCAGAGAGAGAGCUUGCCUUUACCUGAGGCAUCAAUCAAAAAUGUUUAAUUUUUACUACAAAAUAGCUACUUGUAUGUAUUAUUCUGUGUUGUAAAAGUGAAUUUCCCAAACUGAAUCUUGCAGCAGUCAAUGCUUACAAAGUAUUUGAACAGACAGACUAAAAUAAAGUAUAGCAGCAAAUAUAUAUGUAUAGCUUCACAAAAUUAUACACCAUAACCGUCCACAUUUUUUAUCAAAUAAAAUCAUGUUACAAUUUAA